CUCCAUCACCCACCAACAACACCACAAUAAUCCACAGCCAAGAAACCAUCAUGCAGACAUCAGAGGCUGGGUCAGACACAGGUUCGACAGUGACUUUACAGACAUCUGUGGCUAGUCAAGCAGCAGUGCCCACACAGGUGGUACAGCAGGUACCAGUGCAACAACAGGUACAGCAGGUACAGACUGUGCAGCAGGUACAACAUGUCUAUCCAGCUCAGGUGCAGUAUGUGGAAGGAAGCGAUACUGUCUACACCAAUGGAGCAAUCCGGACAACAACCUAUCCUUACACAGAAACACAGAUGUACAGCCAAAACACUGGAGGGAAUUACUUUGAUACCCAAGGGAGUUCUGCACAGGUGACAACCGUGGUCUCCUCCCACAGUAUGGUGGGCACUGGUGGGAUUCAGAUGGGCGUCACAGGGGGACAACUCAUCAGCAGCUCUGGAGGAACUUACCUGAUUGGCAAUUCCAUGGAGAAUUCUGGUCAUGCAGUGACACACACAACCCGAGCCUCCCCAGCGACAAUUGAAAUGGCGAUUGAGACGCUGCAAAAGUCUGACGGUCUGUCCACUCACAGAAGCUCUCUUCUCAACAGCCAUCUUCAAUGGCUGUUGGACAAUUACGAGACAGCAGAAGGAGUGAGCCUUCCCAGAAGCACCCUAUACAAUCACUACCUUCGACACUGUCAGGAACAUAAACUGGACCCAGUCAAUGCUGCUUCUUUUGGAAAACUAAUAAGGUCGAUUUUUAUGGGGCUACGAACCAGGAGAUUGGGUACCAGAGGAAAUUCGAAGUACCAUUACUAUGGGAUUCGUGUGAAGCCAGAUUCCCCCCUUAAUCGUCUCCAAGAAGAUAUGCAGUAUAUGGCUAUGAGACAGCAGCCCAUGCAACAGAAGCAAAGGUACAAGCCUAUGCAGAAGGUGGACGGGGUUGCAGAUGGCUUCACAGGAAGUGGUCAGCAGACAGGCACAUCUGUUGAGCAAACCGUCAUUGCCCAAAGUCAGCAUCAUCAACAGUUUCUAGAUGCAUCACGAGCACUUCCAGAGUUUGGAGAAGUUGAAAUCUCUUCUCUGCCAGAUGGUACUACCUUUGAGGAUAUCAAGUCACUACAGAGUCUUUAUCGAGAGCACUGUGAGGCAAUAUUGGAUGUUGUUGUGAAUCUUCAAUUUAGCCUGAUAGAAAAAUUAUGGCAAACAUUCUGGCGCUAUUCUCCCUCGACUCCAACUGAUGGCACUACCAUUACUGAAUCAAGCAAUCUGAGUGAAAUAGAAAGUCGACUUCCGAAAGCAAAGCUGAUAACUCUGUGCAAACAUGAGUCUAUCCUGAAAUGGAUGUGUAACUGUGACCAUGGGAUGUACCAGGCUUUGGUGGAGAUUCUCAUCCCCGACGUCCUUAGACCUAUUCCUAGUGCCUUGACCCAAGCCAUUCGAAAUUUUGCAAAAAGCCUUGAAGGUUGGCUUUCCAAUGCCAUGAACAAUAUUCCACAGAGAAUGAUACAAACCAAGGUUGCCGCUGUAAGUGCCUUUGCCCAGACUCUGCGAAGAUACACAUCGCUCAAUCACCUGGCCCAGGCAGCCCGAGCAGUGCUUCAGAACACUUCCCAGAUCAACCAGAUGCUCAAUGACCUCAACCGUGUUGACUUCGCCAAUGUCCAGGAGCAAGCUUCCUGGGUGUGCCAGUGUGAUGACAGCAUGGUUCAGAGACUCGAGACAGAUUUCAAAAUGACCCUUCAGCAGCAGAGCACGCUGGAGCAGUGGGCCGCGUGGCUGGACAACGUGAUGAUGCAAGCACUGAAGCCCUACGAAGGAAGGCCCAGCUUCCCCAAAGCUGCCCGGCAGUUCUUGCUAAAAUGGUCUUUCUACAGCUCAAUGGUUAUUCGAGACUUAACCUUGCGCAGUGCUGCUAGCUUUGGCUCCUUCCACCUGAUCCGUCUGCUCUAUGAUGAAUACAUGUUCUACUUAGUAGAACAUCGUGUUGCUCAAGCAACAGGAGAGACACCCAUAGCCGUCAUGGGUGAGACAUACCUUGUAGAUGAAAAAAAUACUCCUAUCAUGGAACUCUUUAUAAGCAAACUUCCGAAUUUUGGUGAUUUAAAUGCUGUGUCUCCUGGAAAUCUGGAUAAAGAUGAAGGCAGUGAAGUAGAAAGUGAGAUGGAUGAAGAACUGGACGACUCCUCGGAGCCACAAGCCAAAAGGGAGAAGACAGAGCUGAGCCAGGCCUUCCCAGUGGGCUGCAUGCAGCCUGUCCUGGAGAGCAGCGUGCAACCAGGCCUUCUGAACCCAAUCCACAGUGAGCAUAUUGUCACAAGUACACAGACUAUCCGACAGUGCAGCACUACAGGAAAUACCUACACUGCAGUCUAAAGAAUAUUAAAGCAUAUUUUUACAGCUUACAGUAACCCUGUUGAUAUUGGGCUUAAGUUGAAAAUUUCAUAAGCCUGAAGGUCGACUGUUGUCAAAUUCUAUCUGUGCUGAACAUUACCUUUUUGGAGUUGUGAAAUGGAAUGGGUGUAUGUAUUUUGCCAGGUCUUUUUUUUUUUUAACAUAAACAAAUUAUUUGCCUCUUAAUGAUGAGUUUUUUUUUCCCCUUAGUUUCAGGUGUCAAGAAGGAUUUUUACAACAUUUAAUGUAAUGUUUUUUGUUUUCUUAUAAUUAAAAAGUAAAUUACUUUUUGUAGCUUAAAAUAUUUUAUUGUUGAUUGUUAGUCUUGGUGUAUGAUUUCAUGUGUAAGUUUUUUAAUUAGAUGCACUUCUGUGAAAUAUCAAAAGAAAUGAAUCUCUUUGAUUGACACUGGAGGCAUGCCCAUUUGGCAGCAGAUGCAUCAAUUUUGCUUUUGAAAGGUGCUUUCCACUGGACAGAACCAUGAGACACUAUUUUGAUAACAUUUUGGAUUAGGGAGAGAGAAUACAGAGCAUUUUUAAUAUAGUGCUAGAGGGUUGGAAAGGUCAUCUAUUUUUCUCGGUAGAAAAAUUGAGCUGUGCAUUUAUCAGUUCAGAGUAAAUGACAGAAUUGCAAGAGAAUAUGCUAAUAUGUACAUAAUUUGUGUACAUAAUUAUUAAACCAUAUUAACAAUGCAAGCUUCCGUUAGAUAUUGAAUUUUAACCAUUAUUUGCAUACCAAUUCCUCUGUUUGAAGACUACUGAUUCUGUAUUUGGGACCACUGCACACAGAUGCAUUCUGCUGUUAAGUGGGGCUGUUAGAGUUAGAUACUAAAGCUGAUAAAAAUGACUUGACUUUUUUUUUUUAAGUGUACAUGCUACUUAUUCUGAGCUGGACAUACAGGAAACCAUUCCAUUUGAAUGACUUUCUUUUAUUCCAGGUCUUUUUUUCUAAUAGUAGUUCAAUAUGCUGCUAUUAUAAAAGAAAAAUUAUAGAAUGCAAGGAAUGUAGCAACCUGCAUAUCGUUAUUUCCUUCGAAACGAUUUCCUGGUUUCUAAAGUAUGUGGAUUUAAAUUUUAAACUGAACCUGAAGGCAGUGUAACUGGCACACCUCACUGUUACGUACCCCAAUUCUAUAGGAUUUGGACAGGUGGCUGGGAUGGACCAUUGCCAUUGAAGAAUGUACAUCAGGGAUCAUUGUACCUCGGCUAUUACAUGGUGCCUUAAAACAGAACUGAAGCUAAGGUUUAGUAAGGUUUAUUUUAUUCAUGUGAAUAACUCUUCAAUCCAUUUGACAAAGUGUGCCUGUCAUUUUCAGAUUCCUGAAGUAAGGACAGGUUACAUGUUCUUCAAAGGAAGUGUAGGGAAAGUGAAGCAAAACAAAAAGAUAGAAAUCACUUCCCUUCUUUGAGUGACCAUGAACCUAUUUUUUAUUCUUAGAGCUAAAUAUUACUUCAUUACGAAUCAAAUUGCUUAAGGGUGUGGAAUAGCAGACUAAUUUUUAAUGCCAGCUUAUUACAUAGAAAUCAUGUUUUAGACCAGUCUUAUCUAGUUAGCAUUCUAGAAAGUCAACAAAAUAAGCAGGUACUUAUUGAAGUGCAUCUUUUCAGUCUAAAUGUUUGUCUUUCUAUCUGGGUGUCUUUGUGUCCAUGCAUACCCACGCGGGUACCCAUGAGGCAGGAGUCUGUGACAAAGUCAGAAAGGGGACAUCCUGGUGAACACACACCCAUCCCCACGUGAAUUUUCAUGAGGAGCCAAGGUUCUUUUAAGCACUCAAGUUAUUAACAACAGAAAAGGCACAUCUUUUCAUUUAAAUAGUUGUAAAACACCAAUCCGCAAAAGUCAAUAAAUAACUACUAUAAAGCCAAAAAAUAGAUAAAUAAAAAAGGAAAGCACAAAAUUAUUUACAGAUUACUAAUGAGGCUUAUGUUAAACUGAAGAUGUUUAUCUCUCCAGUGGUAUUGGGGCGGGGAAGGUUGGGAAGAAGAGUAGGCCAAUCUGUAAAGUUGAAGAUACCAAAUGGCUUAUCAGGUAACAGCCCAUAUUCACAGCAUACUGGCAAUGUUGUUACCUCAUUGCCUCUGACGCCUCAAUAUGAACAGCAUUUCGUAAACAAAAUUUAAAUGUUUUAAAUAUAAUUUUUAAAUCAAUUCACUUCAAGUUUUGCAUCAUACAAUACUUGUACAUAUCUGGUAGUCUUCACUAGCAUCGCCUUCAUCUAAAUACCAGUUAAAUGAUCAUCCCCCCUUUUCCUCCAAAAAGAUCAAGGAAUUUGCAUCUCACAUAUACCCGUACACACACACACACA